AUGACUGUACCAAAACGAUCGCAUUCAGUUCACAUUUUGCCAACAACUUCAUCGAUUGAUAUCAGUUGUGGCAACAACAACAAAAACAAUUCUCGAUUUAAUUUUUGCCGUAAUCCGAUCAUUAUCCUACUUAAUUCGUUUGUCAAACGACGUGAAGUAUUUAUUCCAACGGUUUUUUCGAAUAACAUGAGAAGAAACAGUAAUGGAAAGAAAUUAAAAAAAAAAAAGUGGCAGCAUCAUUCAUUAUUUUUGGACAAUGACCAUGUCACCAUGACAAGCAUGAAUCCAUUUGGCACAUGGGAAGGACAUGACCAGUUGCUUAAUUAUAAAGAUGAAAACUGUUCAAUUGGUUGA